CGAGGCGAUGCUGCACUGGACGGGGCGGCUCCACCCCGGGCGCUGGGUGGCCGCGCCGGGGGCGUGAUGCGGGACCGGGGCUGCGAGGCGUGAGGUGAACCAUGGCAAACGUCAAGGUGGCCGUGCGGGUCCGACCUCUGAGCAAAAGAGAGAGUGCAGAAGGAGGAAGAGUGAUUGUGGAAGUUGAUGACAAAGUGACAACAGUCAGAAACGUAAAGGUGGACAGUAGGCUUGAUGGCACUUGGGACUCAAGAGAAAAGACUGCAGCCUUCUGCUUUGACUACUGCUACUGGUCAGUUGAUCCUGAAGAUCCAAAGUAUGCAUCUCAGGAAAUGGUGUUCCAGGACCUUGGCACUUCUGUGCUGUCAGGUGCAUUUAGAGGAUAUAACAUCUGCCUUUUUGCAUAUGGACAAACAGGUUCAGGAAAAACUUACACAAUGAUGGGAACACCUGCAUCCAUCGGGCUGACACCUCGUAUAUGUGAGGGCCUCUUCUCAAGGAAAGAUGAUUACUCAGACCAGACGGCAUCUUGCAGAGUUAAAGUCAGUUUUCUAGAAAUCUAUAAUGAGCGUGUCCGAGAUUUGUUAAAGCAGUCAGACCACAAGAAGCCUUACACUCUCAGAGUCAGAGAACACCCUGAAACAGGACCGUACGUACAAGGAUUAUCUCAACAUCUAGUUACAGACUACAAGCAAGUUGUAGAACUUCUAGAAGAGGGAAUAGCUAAAAGAAUUACAGCAGCAACGCAUAUUCACAAUGCCAGCAGCAGGUCCCAUGCAAUCUUCACCAUCCACUACACUCAGGCUAUAUUGGAGAACAAUCUACCCUCUGAAAUUGCAAGCAAGAUCAACUUAGUGGACCUUGCAGGCAGUGAAAGAGCUGACCCCAGCUACUGCAAAGAUCGAAUUACAGAAGGUGCCAAUAUUAACAAGUCAUUGGUUACACUCGGAAUCGUCAUCUCCACUUUAGCACAAAAUUCACAGAUAUUCAGCAGCUGCCAGAGCAUAAACACCCUAACGAGCGAAGGGGAGAGCAGUCGUGUGGACAGCCCCUCCACAGGCAGUGUCAGUGGGAGCAGACGACCAGCAUACAUUCCAUAUCGUGACUCCAUCCUCACCUGGCUCCUGAAGGACAGCCUGGGGGGCAACUCCAAGACCAUUAUGAUUGCCACUAUUUCUCCUGCAAGCUCCAGCUACAAUGAAACCAUGAGUACCUUAAGAUAUGCCUCAAAUGCCAAAAAUAUAAUUAACAAGCCCAGAGUGAAUGAGGAUGCAAAUGUAAAACUGAUUAGAGAACUGCGAGAAGAAAUUGAUAGAUUGAAAACUUUGCUGAUGAGCUUUGAACUGAGGAAUUCCAGUCCUUGGAGCGAUGACAGAGAUGGAAAUCUGACUGAGCUGGUUCUUCAGAAUGAGAUGAAGAUUGAGCAACUGACCAAAGACUGGACAAGUAAGUGGAUGGACAGGAAGGCAAUCAUGGAUGAAUACAGUGUGGACAUCAACAAAGAAAAAGCAGGAGUAACAAUAGAUUCCAGUUUACCUCACCUAAUGGCAAUGGAUGAUGAUAUCCUCAGCACAGGAGUGGUGCUGUAUCAUCUCAGGGAAGGAACAACCAAAAUUGGAAGGAGUGAUUCAGACCAAGAUCAAGACAUUGUUUUGAAGGGGCGGUGGAUUGAAAAGGACCACUGUAUGAUAGACAACAACUGUGGGAUCGUGACGUUACGACCACUUCAGGGAGCAUACUGCACUGUGAAUGGAUGUGAAGUCACUGGAUCGUGCCGUCUGUCACAAGGGGCCCUUGUUGUCCUGGGCAAGUCUCAUAAGUUUAGAUUCAAUCACCCUGCAGAAGCUGCUGUCUUAAGGCAAAGAAGAUCAAUUAAUGAUGUCCCACCUAUCUUGAGCUGUGGAGCUUUGGACUGGCUCAACUUGGAUGGAAGUCACACUCAUUCACCUCACUAUAUCCUUUCUUCUCUUCAAAAUAAAGUAUGUACAAACUGCAAGGAAAAAAAGAGUUCUCCAGAAGUAAGCAUAGACAUAGACACUGUGCAUGAAGAGUACAAGAAGAAACUGAAAGAGCAGGAAGCUUUCCACAGAAAACAAAUCCAACAGCAGCAGCUCUAUGUUGAGGAUUUAAAGCAGCAGAUCCUCAGAGGACAGGUCAAAGCAGAGAGAGAACUGGAAAAUGACCAAGCCCUCAUCAACCAGCAGAUCCUAGAAAACCAACAGUGGCUUAUAAAUGAGAGUAACCAACUAGCUGCCCUUCAGCAACAGCAGAGGGAAUUUGCAGUGCAAACAGAAUCUACGCUGUACGCAGAGGCUGAGGUACAGAGCAGCCUUGGUCUGGAGAUCUCUCCUUCGCUGCUACAACAGAACAAGAAGAGAUUGGUGCAGCUGGAGCUCUUGCGAAGGUGCUCCUUAAAAAAGGCAGAAAGAAACAUAAGACGUAAAAAGGUCAAAUUCCAGCUGGAAAGAAUAGUCAAGAAGCAGAAGUUAUUGGAAGCUAAGCAGAACUUAGAGCAGCUGGAAGCAAACUGCUGGCUCAGUGAAGUUCAUGCGAAACAACCUCACAUCCCAAAUGAAAAUACUGUAGUACAUGCCUCUGUGGAUCACCAGUUACAGAAGAGGAGGAGGUCACUGGGUUCAAGUUACUCGCUGCACGGUCAGCAUUCAUUCUGUAACCUCCAUCUGCCCCAGGUGCCCAGCUGCUUGUUGAAUGGGGAAACAAUCUCAAAGUUAUCUACCUCGUCAAAUAUUGAUCAAUGCUCUGAAGGCAAUACACCAGGGAAGCUUUCAUCUGUGGAAUACUGUUACAGAAAACUUAAAGACUUUUCCAGGAGCAAUGACCUUAAUGAUAAAAAAGGUAUCUCCUUUUUAGUACAGAUGCAUCUAUCUGAAAAACAAAAAGUAUCUUCAUUUGGAAAUAAAAAAGGAGCAGAAAGGGACUCUAAUGAUUCAGCUGUCAUGGCUCAUACUGAUAAAAAUGAUCAAAAAAUGGAAAAGUUGGGUGACAGCCCAGGGCAGGCUGGAUGUCAAAAACAGACCUCUAAAGGCUCCUCUCCUGAUCAUUGUAAGGAGAAAAAUGAGCCUGAAACCUUUAUUACAGGGACAAGAAUGACAAAAACAAAGGUGCUAGGAGAUUUAAGUCAGCCUGCAAAUAGCUGUCUAGAACAAACCAGAGCUCAGGUAUCCAAUAAAAAGACUAGAAUGGAUAUCAAUGCAAAAGGCCAUAGUUCUUCCCCAGAAAAUGUUGUUAACAAAAUAAAGACAGCAGUGGUUUAUGGAAACCUGCCAUCCCCACAUCCAAACCAAGCAGCCAAGAAUCUGAAGACAGAGCCCACCUCAGCCUUACAAAGUCAAGAGAACUCAUCAGUGGAACAUCAAGAAUUUCUGAUGGUGGCAACGUCAGUAGGAAAUCUCACUAAGAUGAACACACAGGCACCUCUCUCUUAUGUAGAAAAAAAAUGGCAUAGUGCUGAGCUGUUAAGUGCUGGAAUCUCUAAAACAGCCACAGAUGUGCUUGGGAACUGGCAAGAAGAUGAGGAAAAUGAGAUUUCUGAUACUGACAGUACCUACUCUGUAGAUUCACUCUCCUGCGCUUAUGCAAAAGCUUUCACAGAGAAGCUGAAGCAAGAUGAUGUCCACAGAAAUAAAUGUCUUGCCAACCCAGAAGAUUCUGAGAGUGAUGACAGUCAAAUGUCACAAGAUUCUCUAGUAGAAAAGGAAAAUAAAGCCAAAAGGCAAAAUAAAAGCCAAUUUCAGAAAUUAAAGGCCCACCGCCAGCCAGCUAAGCUUUACAAAAGCAGAUCUGAACACCGUGUUUCAUCUUUAGUGACAUCGCACACAUUGCGUAGGAGACUGGGAGAGGCUGAAAGAAGCUUUUCUCUGGACAGCUUGGGUGAUGGAGAAGAGGUGCCAACAGAAGAUCCAGUAGAAGAAUCCAAAUCUGAUUCAUCUGAUGAAGUCCCAGCAGAGAUUUUUUGGAAGUUACAAACUCCGAGACCACCAACUGUACAGACUGAGGGAGACCACGAGUCCAAAAUCUGCAGUAGAGAUCCAGAAGGGACAAAUUACAAUCUGAAGCUGACUAGUUCCUUCUAUUUGGACACUAAGCAACAACCUGCUUCCAAUAAUGCUUGCAAGCAGUUUCUGGAGGAUGCAAAGGUCUCUUUUGCAGCACAAGAAAGGUCAUUUGAUAGAAGACUCUAUUAUGCAAGUGGGAAUCCUUUGCUUACAACUGAUGCUUGGUCAUCCUAUGACUCAAAGGUUGAAAUCAGCAGCCCCAGAAUAACAGCACCUUCUUCCCAUGAGCAUCUAGAAUUUCAAGAUGCUCAUUUCUAUUCUUUGAGCAAACCAACGGGUUGGCUGAAGAAAGACGAUCUAAAGCAGUCAGCUGCUGAAGUUUCUUUUGUUUCUGGCUCUAAGCAGAUAAACAGCAUUACUCAUUUACCACUUGGUAUAAAAGAAAUAAACACAAGUUUCUCCUCUGACACAUCAGAAGUACCUUUACCUGAAACAACAGCUGCAAGUGGAGGUUUUGAGAAUGAGGAAUGUACAAACACAGAUGAAAAUUCUUCCUUGGAAUCUCAAGACAUAACAUCCACAUUUGUAAGUUCAUUAGGACCAAGCUCUUCUUUUGUUCAUAUUUCAGUAAAACCUGAUUAUUAUGAACAUUCAAGGGCAAAUCAUCCUGAACAAGAACAAAUAAAUGAAUCAUCCACUUACAGGUCUACCACUGAAUGCACACAAGCGUUCAGCUGUUUGGAAAACUUCUCCACUGCAGAAUGCUUGUCACCUAUACCCAGAAAAGAGGAGGAUUCUCUCCCUACAACUCACCUAGAACCAAUAGAAGAUCACAAACGGAAAAAGCCACCUUUUGUUUCUGUGUUGCCUGUGCACAUUUUGGAGCAGAGAAACAGCUGUGUAGAAGCAGAUUUAGAAGACAGUUUCCUCAGAACUAUUGAAAAAGAUGACCUAGAUGAUGACUGCAAUAACUCGACAAUAGAAUCAAAGGUAACAGAUUCAGCCACUGGCAGUACAUCUGUCGGUGCAUCUACUGCUGGAUCCUCUACAGAACUUGCCUAUAAUGUAGUCUCAGCACAGGCUUCAGAAGUACAACAAGUACAUUUUGGAAACUGUGUGCAGCUUUUUCCAAGAAGGGAAGCACCAGCGUGUUGUGAUGAAAGUUUUUUUCUCAAUGACUUAACAAAUAAGUGCUCCCCAGGAAGCUCUCAUGAGCAUCAAGUAUUGGCUGGACAAGGAGCAAAAUCAACUGUUGUGCAAGGUCUCCUCAGAUCUAGGGAGAGUAACAUGGAAGCAAUGCAAGAUACAGAUUAUGAACAAAUACCUGCAGAAGCAGCAACUGAAAACACAGAUUUUUCCUUACAGAAGAUAACAUAUAGAUGUAACCCUUUAGUUAUUGCUUACAGUGCAACACCAAUAGAGAUGUGUGAAAAAGAGAAAAUCUGCAUGGAAACAAGCACAGAUAGCCUAUCAGAGAUUGUGUCAGAGGAGCCUUCACUCAGAGAGAAAGACGAACAUGAACCAAAGGAUGAAGACUUGUCUUCGUUAAAUCAUUAUGAAUUUAAAAGCAAACCUGUUUCAAACAACUACUCCUAUGGGCAUUCGCUAGCAGACGGUCCUGUAAGUUGCCUGUCCCAACACAUGUCAGAAAAUUCUACAUUGUGUGUUGACAGUGUCAGAGAAGAAAGUAGUGAAAGCAAAAAACACAGUAUGCUGAAUUCUCAGGUUGUAGAUGAAAAAGAGUUUUCAUCCAAAUAUAAGAACCUACUGGUAAAUGAAGUAAGUUAUAUCACAGUGAAUGUUAAUGGGCAGGACACUGAGUCCUUCCCUGCUGCUGUUUGUGAGAACACAGGUGAUUUGCUUCCAGAAUCCAAUUCAAGCAUAUUUUACAAAACUUCAGCAAAAGCUAAUUUUUUUCAAAGUGCAUCUGAGACUGAAGAUUAUGAUACGCUAUUAGAACAUGUUACUAUAGUGAAAGGAGAUUGUGAUGCUACAUCUAAUCAUGCUGUGGAGGCCAGGGCUGCAAAAGAUUGUUCUGUCAUACAUUCCAACCGUCUUUGUAUGACAAGCUCCUCAGCAUCAACAGGGGAGAAGAACAAUAUGUGCAAGAUGACUGACAGUUCUGUGGAAUCUGAUGCAACCAUUCUCUUGGAAACAGAAACAAAUAAAUUCUUAACUGAAGCAAGAGAAGAGAAAGAAGCCCUUUUUGAAAGUGACUGUCCAGAGGACAUUUUGCUUGUUGAAGAUCAUUUUAACUCUGAAUUGGGAGGAGUAUUUGAAUACAACACAGAUACACUAGGAACUGUUUCUCAAGAGGAGAGACUGUGUAUAGAUAAGGAAUCCAAGUUUUUAAGAAACCCAGAAGCUGAUCCAGAAGAAACUGUGGUUCCUUAUCAGAAUAUAAAAGCAAACACUGAAGAAGUUAAGAAGUUAACACUGUUGAAGUUAAACAACAGCACAAACAACCCAGAAAAAAAUGGAGUGGAAAUGAAAUCAAUAGAGAUAGAAAGUGUACCUGACUACCCAGUAACCAAAGUCCAAAGUGUAACUGCAGAUAGGAGUGGUGAGAAUUUUAAAGGCAUCGGUCUAUCUCAGAAUCCAAAGAAACCCACUGAUAUCGUAGAUUCUGGAGUUCAGUGUGAGUUUUAUACAAAGCUGCACCUCAGACUUGAAGAGGCAGAGAAAGAUGAAUUACAGGUAGUUGGCACCGGUGUAGAGCACAGUCAGGAGUUGAAAGCACUCGUGCACUCCGAUAGCUUUUUCCAAAAAGAGGAAAGUGAGGAAAUAAUCAGUGUUUAUUCACCAGAGCUUUCUGCUUCUCUCCAAAGCUCUCCAUCAGCUACGCAUUCCCACAGAAUAGAUUUUACUCAGAAUGCUCAAGGCUUACCUGAUGCUUGUGAAGGGCUUUUGCAGAUGAACAGAACAGGAGAAAAUGUGUUUAAUACAGAGGACAUAGAUACAACGGAACUAAUCACAGAUAGGCAAGGAAAUAUUUUAGAAAAAACUGAAGAAAAAAUAGAUUCUAGCAAUUUAACAGAACGUUACAUGCCACAUUGUUUGCCCCACGAAGACUCUGACCAGGAAAACAAGGUUAAUGUGUGUGAAGUGACUGGGUGCGAAGAACAAGUCACUGCAACAAACACAGAGGGAAUGUUUAUUAUGAAUCAAGAAGACAUACACACAGAUGAAAACGUUCUAUUUACUGAAGAAUCUCCAGCUCUGCAUCAGAUGUUCUGUAAUGGGGGUGACAAAGAAGAAAUUUUAAACCAGUUCAAGAUCCCUGAAAGAUACCUCACACCUUCAGGACUAGGAGAGAACAUACUGUCAGUAGAUGAUUCACAACACCACAGUCCUCUUGAAAUGAAUGAGGAUGGUGACUCAGAGGACUCUGCUACAGAUACAAGAAAUACAGCUAUGGAAGAUAUCAAUGUGUAUGACUAUUCAGUUGAUGAUAAUAUUAGUAAUGACCAAUACAGACCUGAAGAAGAAUCUAAAAGUCUCCAUAUUAAAGAGAACAGCCAUAUGUAUAUGAGUUGUUCAACACAAUAUCCUGAGCUUGGUGCUUCAGAAAACUUAAGCGUUGUUAGAAGACUUGAGAUUUGUGGACAGGGUGCUAUAGGGUCAGGAAUUGUUGAUGAGAAAGCACAUUUGAAUGCAGUGGACAAAACGGAGAAGCAGAUGUUUUUAGAUAACAGGGAGGAGGUAGAACUGAUUGUUCUACAAAACCUGACUGAAUUAUUUCCGGAAAGCAAAGACAGCUGUAAUGAUGACAACAGAUUAAGUGAAAUCUUAAGAGGAAGCCAGUGGCUGUCUACUAGCUUUUCUACAAAUAAUGGAGAUAACAGCAAACAGCACAAUUCAGCAGCAACUCUGAAGUCUACAAAAAACAUCCAUAAAAGUUCAGUUAAAGAUCCCCUGUGUCCAUCCAUAAGUCACCUUUUAUGUCUUGAAGUAAGUGGUAAUUCCCAACUUGUUCAAGAUGUUCCCACUGCUCUGAAAAGUCACACAAAACCAUCAAGUGGCAAUGUUGGAACUGAAGCUGUUCUUCUGUACUAUGAAACAUUAAUGGAGAAUGAGGCCUCCACUGGUACACUUGUUAAAACAGUCAACAAAAAGGAAGACAGCAAUGCUCAUUCUGAUAAAGUUCAAAGUAAAAAUGAAGCUUUCCUGCAAAACAGGACCACAAAGAAUAGAGAAGAAGAAGACCUUUUUGUAUUUACAAAUGACUGUUCUGCAUCUGGGCAACCUGUCAAUGAGAACAGCUUUUCUUGGCCCUGGGGAGUGGGCAGUCACGAACCUGAAAUGGUGGAGCUUAAGCAAGCGGCAGAAGGAAAUUCAUUUUCCUCAGAAUUAGACUGUUCUGAAGAUACAAUUGAGGACAUUAACUCACAUGAAGAACACAGUGUAGACUUAAUGAUUAACAAAAUAUUGAAAGACUGCUUUAAUUCCACAGAAGGAAAAGGUCAAGAGGAAAGGGAUACUGUAAUGCCUGACAAGCUGCUCUUCAAUAAUUCAAGCCUGCUUUCUUCUUCAGAGAAAGAAACAAGGGAAGACAUGGGGGAGAAAACAAGGCAUUCUUUACAGGAAAUCUCUUCCCAAAAUGUAUUUGAAAACAUUAAUACAGCUGAGACAGAACUUCACUCAGGAAGUUCAUCACAAUGUGAUAACAAAGAGAAAUGCUUAAACACACAUUAUACUCUAACAAGCAGUAAUAAUGACAAUACAAGAUUUUCUGAUGUCAGGAUAUGUCAGAGUGAGCCAAGAUGUUAUCAGGGACAUGAGACUUCCAAAGACUGCUGUGUAGACUAUCCAGAGAUCACUGCUUCUGAGAACACUUCGACCCUUUCAGCAAGGCUUCCAGAUUACAAGAAGAAGUCUUGUACUCAUGAACAUUCUGCUGGUCUCCUGAAUAGCCCAAGAUCAUUUACAAAUGAUCUGAUUGACAGCAGCGGAGAGAAAUGUAAAAACAAUACUGUUCUCUCUGAAGAAACAAAAUACUUUGAAAGUGAAUCAACUGUUUUAAGUGCUUUUUCUGAUGCUUCACAAAACAGAGAUGAAAAGGAUGACAGUUCUGCAGUUACAGAGGCUACAGAUGCUCAGAGUGAUAAAAUCACUGAAGAAGCCGUGGGAACUGAUCAAGAAGGGAAACCAAUUCGAGAUUCUUUCCAGAACUGUGAUGACACUAAAGAAAAUAAAAUGCCUGAAUACUUGGAACGCUACGGUAACACUUUUAGUGUGACUCUACCAGAAUCAGGAGUGCCUGUUUUUCAAAGCUUAGGAAAGGCUGGCAGUAAAGAAUCAAAGUGUGCUCCAUCAUACUUUGCAGAAAAUACCCCAAGUGAUAUACUGCUUCACAACUCCAAAAACAUAAGCGUUUUCAAUGCUUGUUUACUUGAUGACUCAAAAUCUCCCACAGUUAGUCAGCUUGAAGUCUCACUUCAAGACACCUUUUUGACUGAGCAGGCAUCGUCUGGUUCUGCUGAUCUGCACUCAGUAAAAGAUGAUUUUCCUCAAGCGUUCGCAGAAGUUAACCACCCAUCCAUGAGAGCAUUUUCAGAAUCUUCUCCAAUUUCAGAUAGAAACCAUGGUGAAACUGGCACGUGUGAUAGAUCACACACAAGUAUAUUAAAACAUUCUCCGCUUGCUGUUUUACAAAUGCAAGACACUCAGUCUGAUAAGUCUGUGGUAUUUGAUGAACCAGUACAUGCUUCAGGAAUUAUUUUACUUUCUCUUGCGAAAGCAAACAAGCAUUACCCAGUAUCAGACACAAACUCUGCUUCAUAUGAGAAUUCUGCUGUAGAUGUGGAACCUGUUUAUGGAAGUAAUUGUCAGCAAGUUGACAAUGAUACUGAAUUUGAUCAACACCACUGGAGUAAAGUUCCAGCACAGAAAGCUUGCACAGAACAUGCGGAGAAAGUGCCAGAUGAUAAUAAUGCAGGUUCCAAUAUUCACGCUGACAGUUUUUCAACAAGAACAGAUGAUAUAAUGGGAUCAGAAAGACAGAAAUUUUCUUUAAUGAAUAAUGAAAGUACCCCCUUAAAAUUUUUACCAACAAACCAUGGUUUGCCUUCCCAAGAAUCCAAACUGGUGGAAUUCAGGAGCAGAAGGCCAUGUCCUACUACACAUAGUGCAAAGAACUGUAAAACUGAACACAGACCUUAUCUACAAAGUCAUAGGCUAUCAGCCCCCGCCUUAGCUGUGUUUUCUGAUUUAGAUGAUACUUUCAAAGCUUCAUCUCUGGCAGAUUCCUUGUUAUAUUCCGCAUCUAGAUCAUUACAAGAUUUAAAUAUGAGUGUGGAGCCUCCAUCGCCAACUGAAGAUGAUCUUCAUGUAAUUGAAAGAUUUUCAAAGCAAGAAUCGAAGAACAUUCUGCAGGUUAAAUCUAAACCCAGAUUCCACCAAAGAAUGACACAAACGAAGAAGAUUGCAAACUGUGAUCCGAAAAAUUUACAAAAUUAUGCAGCAAGAACCCGAGGCAGCCAGUCCUUAAAAGACAGUGCUGUUCAUUCUCCAUCAUCUUUACUGCCCACAGCUCACAGUUCUGUGGGUGCAAAAGAAAAUAUCCAUUCAAAGAGCAGUUCUGUAGCUCAGUGUAGUGAAGGAAGAGUUGUAGAAGCUGGGUACCAGCCAGGAGCGGAGUUAUUUUCGCAAGACAGUAAAGAUGCAAUGCAUUUUAGUUCAAGUGAUAUCAACCCAUAUAUUCAUCCAUGGCAACAAGAAGAAUCAUGCAAGAUUGGCUGGAAGCAGUAUGUUUUUGGAAGUGCAAGUGAUGUCUCUUGCCAUCAAAUGCCUUUAAACCUGGAUAAUCGUAAAGUUACAAGAUGUUCUAGUGUGGAUAAUGGAUUGAAUUCUCAAAAUUCUCCUUUUCACUCUCAUCUCAGUUCAUAUGCUACAGCAAAAGUUUUAUCCAGCACUUUAAGCAGCAUUGAAGGUCUUCAAGGAUGGGACAAUGCCAGACCAGGCUCUGAAUCCACGUACUCAAGUGAUAGUAACAAGCAGUACAGCAAUGCGUCCAUUGAAACGCUGGAAACUAAUCCAGAAAAUGAUGCUGCUAAACUUAAGAAUCCUUCUGCACAUCCUGGUAACUCUUCAGUGCAGGUUGAUGAAAUUGUAUUGUUAUAUCCAUCUGAGUCAGAAAGGUCUUCCAAAAAAUCACUGGGGAUUACCUGUGAGCAGGGAACACAAACAGUGGCUACAGCAAGGUAUAAAAGGCAGAGAAGACAUCAGAGAAGCUACACAGAUGUUUCUGCAAGAAGGCUGGAAACAAACAGGGAUCUAUUUCAGCAGCAUUCUUCCUGGACAAGCAUGCAGAAUCUGUCCAUGCAUCUGUCACAGCUUAUUCAGAACACUUCCGAGCUGCUGGGAAACCUCUCCCAACAAAAUAUUAUAGAUAAUGAACAGAGUAUCAAAAUCUACCAAAGAAGAACUGAAGAGGGUGCAAAAGCUACUGGUACUAGAUCAGAUAGCUGCACUCAGACUACAACAGAUAUAGGCACUCAAACUGAGAUUUUGGAAGAAUCUCAAAACAAACAUGAAGAAAAACGAGUGCAGACAAAAUCAGAAAAUGAACUGAGGCCAGCUAAAGCAGUAAACUGCGAUUUCAAUGGAAUCGGUGCAGAUACAGUAGAUAAGGUUCCCAAAAGGAAGGAGAAAACAUUCUCUCUGGAAGAAAGAUCACAAGAAGGAACAGAGAUGAGAAAUCUGGGCAACACUGACUUCCAUGACAGCCUUGACAGCAUUUUGGAAGAUUCCUUUAUGUGCCUGCCUCUCUUACACAGAACCUCCACCUUAGAUUUUCAAAAACCAACGUUAAACACACAGCAGCAUAUUGCCCCUGCUAGUGCCAGAGUUUCAAUCAUCCCAUCCUCUUCAGUGAGUUCAGGGCAAGAUGAUUCUUCAUGCACUGUAGUUAGCAGCCCUACUAGUAGCACCUUUCAAUCUCCAUCAUCUUAUGUUCAGGAUAAAAGAAGUGUCAAUGAGCUAGAGGUUCCAGCAGAAAGAAAACUUCGUUACAAAAACACUCUGUUGGUGGAUAGGGCCUCUUCCCCUAUUCUUACUCUUAGUGCUAGUCCCAAAAGCCAGAACACCUUUAGUAAGCCUUUUUGCCCUAUUAAGGAACCCUUGGGAUAUUCCAGUGAUGCUUCAAACCCCCUUCACAGUCAGAGAAAGCAAAGAUCAGGUCCACAAUCCAGCAUGGAACCUCACGUGGACAAUUUUUCACAGACUGAAACAGACAGCGAAUGCAGCAUUGCUAGGGACAGCAGGGACACAAGAAACGUAUCUGGAAGUUUCUUAGAUAAAAAAGCAGCCAAAAAGCUUUUAGGAAACAAUUCAAAAGCUGUGGAACAGCAGCACAGACUCACUGUUGGCACACACACUACAAUUUGUGCAAAACGACUGUACCACUCCAGCAGCACAUUAGAGGUCUCUGGCCGCACGGAGUUUUUAACAGAUGAUGUUAGAGACCCCAGUCCAUUGACACAUUCACUUCAUUGCAUGUAUGUCACAGGGAGAGGAAGAUCUGUGCUUGGGGGAAUUGGACAUGAGAAUUAUGUUGGGAAUUCUGAUACUGCUCUGACUCAGAACCACUCACCACCAGAUUCUGACUUACUUUUUAAUCCAAAACAUGGUGCCGCUUGUUCAAGUCAGGCAAACAUUAACGAGUCCUCAGAACCUCUGGUAGGAGCAGCUUCUCUACAAUUUCAUGAUCUGUGGAAAAACGAAAACAGUUGCUCUCUUCUCUCUGAUGUGAGUGAUGUGCAAAUUUCCUUACAAAAUGACAACACAAAUUCUAUCACUGAAACUGAAUGCGACACUGAAAUUCCUCUGAAGAAAAGUACUACUUUAGUGAAGCCUUACAGGCCUCGGAGCUACAGUCUUCGUGACUUACCCAUACACAACAAGUUUAGCAACUGGUGUGGUGUUAAGGGCAGUCCUCCGCCUUCAUCACUCAGCUUGAGUGGCAGUGCAACUGACCUGCACAGCCAGGCAGAAAGCAAGCCUGGAAGCCAAGCAGCAGUGGAAAUCGAAGGGAAAUCCGAGCUUUGGGGCAGCAGAAGCAGAGAGAUUGAGAGACUUCAGAGAGAGCGUGCUCAGAUCAUGUCUGGUAUACACCUGGAUCUGCACCAGCAUCCCCUUACUGUGGAACUGACUGAGGCAAAGCUGAACUAUGGCAUCGGUGAAACGGACGCGCUGCUGAGGGUUCUGCAGAGCGGAACUGCAGAUGACCUGAUGGCUGUUCCAGUAAAGCAGCAGCUCUAUGAAAGACACAUGAGGACUAUUGAGACCUUGAGGAAGGAGAGAGAAAAAAGGCUGCAGAGAUACCACAGGAGCCGAAGUCUGAGUCCUCAGAAACAUCUGAGUCUGCUGCAGACCCUGGAUGCAAGUUACAGGGAUCUGGACCUCCCUAGCAGGCGCCGAGAAUAUCUGCAACAGCUGAGAAGAGAUGUGGUGGAAAAUACCAGAGUUCAAGAACCAAAAAGAAGAAGCAUUCAGCACCCUUCAGAGAUUGAACUGAUGCUUAGAGACUAUCAGAGGGCACGAGAGGAAACCAAAACUGAAAUUGCACGAGCGAGGGACAAACUUCGGGAGAGAGCUGAGCAAGAGAAAAGACGUAUAAGGGAGCAAAUACUUGCUCAGUUACAGAAGGAGGAAGCAAGGCUGAAGACUCUUGCAAGUACGAGCACCUUAUGUACAGAAUCCAGCCUUAGCCUAUCUUCUGGCCCAACAUCAGGUUACAACAGCAGCAAUACUGCUACAUACACUGCAAGUAAACUCAGCAGCUGGGAAGGGCAGUUUUCUUCUGGAAGCACGCUGCUUUCAAGAGACACACGAGGUCGUUCAGCUGUUAGAAACAGUCAGCUUUUUAUGAUAGAGCAGCUGCAGAAGGAUUCAACACUGGAAGACAGCGGAAUUGAGCCACCACUUCCUUCAGACAGCAUCAGUUGUAGGUUCACUCAUGGAUUAACUAUUUCAGUAAGCUCCUCGUCAACACAAGGAUACCAAGAUUUAUCCAAACAUAUCUUGGCUAAUGCUACAACCGAGGUAAUGGCAGCAUGCUCUCAUAACCUGAGGAACCUCUACACCUGCCAAGCAGCAGCUGGCUGGAAAUACCAAUGUACAGAAAAAGAAGUGCUGGUUUACUACAAAGUCUUCCCUUCAGCAACGAAGCACGGAUUUUUGGGAGCAGGAGUGAUAGAAAGACCUCUUGCGUAUGUGUGGGGACUAGUGAGAGACCCAGGCAAAAGGCAUCUGUAUGACAGAUCCAUCAACACAGCCCGAAUACACAGGAAGAUAACCAGCCAGAUUCAGCUGGUGUAUUUAGUGACUGAUACCUCCCUGUGUUACCUACAGCAGCCACGGGAUUUCUGCUGUAUCACUGUAGAAGCCAAAGAGAAGAACUUGUCUGUCUUGGCUAUUCAGUCUGUGUAUGAUGCAUCCAUGCCUCACCCUUGUAAAGAUGUGGUGAGAGGGGAAAUUUUGCCCAGCGCAUGGAUCCUAGAACCUGAUGUGGUGAAUGGAAGAGAUAUCACCAGAGUUAUUUACAUGGCACAGGUGGAUCUGGGUGCCCCAGCUAUCCCAGCUCGGCUCCUGAGCUCCAUCGCUAAGCGGCAGCCUUUGGUCAUUGCUCGACUAGCACACUUCCUUGCCAGUUAGCAUUGGUUAAGAAAAUGGAAUAUUCAGCAGCAUCUGAAAGGUUGCAAGGAGACACAAAAAUCCAUAAGGGUAAUGUAAAAUGGUUGCUCCUUACAUCAGGCACAAUCAAAUCACACUUGAGGAGCCUCAUUGCUAACUAUGGACUAGUCAAAUGUCUAGCUUGGAAAAAAAUAACAAACAUCAUUUUAGCUAUUGCUGCUUGGAAGAAACCCAGCAAGUUUUAUGAGGAAUCUAUUUUCUGGAAAGAGCUGUGAAAAACCUCUAUGAGCAGGAAGAAGGGGUGCUGUCGUUAUCAAUAGCAGAGGAAGGGAAUUCUCUGUACAACAGCCACAAUUGUACCAUUUUGUUUCAAUUUCUGAACAACAAUAAGGAUUGACCUUCUCCUUUCAGGAAAGUUUGAGCAGUGGUAAGAAAAAUGGCAAUGGAAGCAAUGAAAUGCACUAAAACCUGGAAAUAGUAUUCAUGUGGCUUGAGACAUUUUACAGACUUUUGAGCAGAAAUGCAAGGCCACUUCCUCCUGUUGAGAUAAAUAUCAAAUACAGAAUUCCUCUAGCAGCAUUAAUAGAGUCCAGCUAAAAAAGCUAAAGCAGCAUGACAUCCAUAACUCAUUCCACCUAAUAGACUUUUAUCAUAGUUGGCUGACUGCUUACAGCCAGUACAGUACAAGGGAUUUCCAACUACCACUACACUAUGCAGCAACAGUGGAAACCGCCAAACCUCAGGACACAAUUUUACUGCACUGCAGAAUUAGGUGCUUUGAACUAGAGAAACCAAACUGACAGUUCUGAACAAUAACUCAUUAAUAGGAAGUAGUACAGAGUAGUCAGCAUGUUUCUAGAAUUGGAAUCCCACUCGUAAGAGUAGCUCCAGCACUUUUCCAUAAUGGCUUUUUCUAUCAGCCUAUCUCUACUUUUACCCAGAAGCACUAAGAGCUGAAAAUCCAGCCUGGUCCCCCUCCUCAUCAUUUCUUUGUUCACAACACAGCCAGCUGCCUCCAUAGCAGCAAGCAGAGCAUCUCCCCACUCAGUUACCUUGCCACUGUUGAGCUCUGUCCAAUGCUCAUAUUGUCAGGCUUCAAGUGUUUGGUCACAGGUUCCUAAAAUUAAACAAAACCACAACCAACUCAAGUAUCUGAGUAACUUCAUGUAGGUCUUCAGCACAGCAGUAGAACAGAAUCACCUAAAAUAGCUUCUCUAAGCAAUAAAGGUUACUAUAAUAUUGUUUCCUUAGCUCAAAGAAGCCUACAUUGUUCACAUGGCUGUUGCAUUUUAUAUUUGCCAAGUGAAAAACAUGUAUACAAGCACCCACCUUACCAGAGUCAUCUCUGCUACUGGAACAUGCGUAGGUACUUCAGAUCAGAGAUGUUUUCCCAGCAUACCACAUGCUCACUGCGCCUCCCACCAGAGCUUCAAGAGCCAAAAAUCUAUUUUUAACUCUAUCUUUGCACAGAUGUAAGUUUGGCUCUCAGCUUCUACGUUAUUUCCUAUCAUCAAUAUAGUAAGAAGUUUUAAAUGAAGUGACAGUGUCUAUUUUAUAUUUAAGAAAAUAGCAGUUUUGAGGCAUAUCAGUCCAAGGCUCCUCCCUGCCCACCUACAGCAGGAAGAGUUAUAAAACACAUCACUUCUUAUAAAUUUGCUUUUUGUUUACCCAAGGUGGCUAUGGUUAUGUUACCCCUCAGUGUGUUACAAUUCCCCUGGGGUGAGGCUCAGCCUUUCUGAGCAGCCUGCCAAGCUGCAUCAGGGGAUGCUUCACCUGCAGCACUGCACAUGUUCCGCAGCCUCAGCAACUGCACCAAGAGGCAGAUGUCCAGGUUUGCUGCCUGUCGUACCUUUUUGGGGAGACAAAACAAAGAGGCUUGAGCAAGGUAAUACAUCAAAGCCCUAGAAAAAGUGAGCAGGAAGUGCAGCAAGGUGUAUUUAUUGGCUGUCACCAGUGCUGCUUCCAGCAGGGAUUGCAGGAGGAGAUGAGCGGCCUUCAGACAGUCCACAAAAGAUUUGCUCAGUGCUUUGCUUUUUUUCCCUUUUAUUUUGGACACGGCACUAGAGUUAAAGCAGUUUUUGUAGGAAAAACAUCUAGGGGGACUCCUGUGUCAAUGAAACCAGUGCCUAUGAAGGAUAAUGUCUUAUUGUACAGUACAUCAGAUGUUUAUUUUUAUAUAUACAUAAGAUUGGUUUUUCUAUGUUUACAAAUUAAGUUAUUUAUAUAUGCUUGUUUUGAAGCAUUUUUAUAUGCUCUCAAAGCUAAUUUUUAUUUUUAUCAGUAUUAAUGUACUUUUUUUUUUUAAAUACAAUUGUCAAUUGAUACUAAAAAGCCUAUUUAUAUGGAUGUUUUCUUUUGCAAAUAUAACAUUUUUUGGUACCUGUUAAUGUAUGGCAAUGGUUUGUUGGGAAGGAAGAAAUAAAACCUAGCAGACAUCACCUACUUUGUUAAACUACAAUGGGAAAAAACCCAACUUCCUGUCAAUUACUGCUGAACAGUAGAUGAUCAGAUCAAGCAUCUGUACCAUCUGCUGCUGCAUCUCUGCUCUUAAUCAAGAUUGCUAUUUUCAUAUCCACAAUAAAAUGUAUUUUCUACACAAGAUAAAAAAAAUGCUCUGUGGUAUUUGCUAAAACAGCUGUCUGGAAAUAUACUUACAUUGGAGGAGGUGUUUGUUUUACUCAGUGAACACUUACCUGGAUGAAGCCAAAAAGGUUAGCAUGUGAUAGAAGACGAAGGUCUCCUACUUGCCCAGAGUACUGUAUGCUUCAUUGCAAGGUCUGGCUGCAGAGUCAGGUGCCUGGCUUCCCAAAGCCACCAAGGAUAAAGAAGGUGAAAUACCUAGAAACUAUGUAGAUUAAUGACAUGACAAUGCAAGAAAACAGAAGCAAAGGUGUUUCUUACCUGCUGGACAGCACUCAAGAACAGAGUGACUUCUGCCCAAUGGGGCACAAUUAUAUUCUCUGGCAGUCAUAAACUGGUCCUCGGGUUUAAUCACCUUUAAAUAAAUACCUCCAAGCAUACUGUAUUACAGGAGGAUAACUGAGGUGGACUGAGUUCAUAAAAACACCUGUGGCCAUAGUAUCUACACAAACAGUUUUAGAUACCCAAAUAAAUUCAGUUCCAGAGACUGAACACUUUUCCAUCACCUCAUUUUCUCCCUCUAUCUAUCUCCCCCCUGUAAAGUAACAAAAUAGCAGCAGUACUACAGCACAAGCAAAACAGCAGCAUGUGGGACAGAAGUUACCAUAUGCUUUCUGCACCACGCUUUGUGGCAAGGCACCUUUUUGUACUUUGUCCCAGUACAAAGAGGCUAUAUAUCACCAGCUUGGACACAAAACAGGACAUUUAAUCAUAUUUAUUAUAACAAACAGCAACUUCAAGUGAGUUGUGCAGCAAAACGUCACAUAAUGCUCAGCCUCAGGGAGUAGGAGUGAAACAAUACACUACACUCACUAUUUCAAUUCACAUUACCCUGCUUUUACCAGACAUACUGCACACCUACUUUUAAGGAACCUCUGACUCAGUCAUGGCUUAAAAUCCCUAACAUAAAAAAAAAAAAAAAAAAAA